GAUGGUCCAAGCCUUACAUGAGCACGCCUACCGAGACCUCUGAUAGGACCGGGGCGCCAGGCGCAACGAAAGCUCCCCCUGACUAAUGUAUUUCAUUUCAAAGACGUUCAAAGAGCAGGAAUCCACAGACAAAUAUUCCGCAAAGCCAACGAACGGCAAAGUGGAUGUUUGUUUUGACCCGUGGAAUACUCAGAGGACCACGCGUGGAGUUUGACAGCUGGGAAACACUUGGUGCCUUUCCACUGUUCUGUGAAGGAAGUGUUGGCCAACUGGAUAGCUUGCAUGUGUGAGGCCACACCCAGCAAUGGAACCCUGGCCUAUUGGGGCCUGGGUCCUACUGCUGGCUCUCAUUGCUGAUUGGCUAACAACUACCGAAUCCCGGGACUUCACAGUAAAAGACAUCAUCUACCUCCAUCCUUCAACAACGCCAUACCCAGGUGGAUUCAAGUGUUUCACCUGCGAGAACGCAACUGACAACUACAACUGCAAUCGCUGGGCUCCGGAUGUGUACUGCCCAAGAGAAACCAGAUACUGCUACACCCGCCACAAGAUGGACUUUCAAGGGGACAGCUUGUCUGUGACAAAGCGUUGUGUGGCCCUGGAGGAAUGCCUCUCUACCGGGUGCACUGAAGUUGACCAUGAAGGAAACAAGGUCUGCACUGCUUGCUGCGAGGGGAACAUCUGCAACCUGCCACUGCCCUGGAACGAAACGGACGCAGUCUUCGCCACCACCUCUCCGAUCAACCGCACCGGCCAGCUCGCACAGAGCCCGGCCGCGUCCUGCUUCAUCGCCAUCGUCAUCCUCCUCAUUUUCAGCCAUGCAUAAGAGUAAUACAGGCCAAAUUAGACGUUUGCAAAAAAACAAAAACAAAAAAAAAGAACAAACAAAAAAACAUUUCACAGUGUAUUAGUUGGACAAUUUUUAACUUGCUUUUUUACCCCUCUCUCCAGUAUCAGGACAGUGAUCAAACUGUAGAAAUAGAUGUUUGCAGCAGCCUGUUCAAACCUCUUUGGUUUUUAAAGUUUUGUUGUCUUGGGAGCUAGUUUGUCUUUUAAUUAACAGACACUUGGCUGGAAGAGUGAUACUGUACUUUUGGCAAAUUUGAAAGGAUUUUUUAAGUAAACAUAAUUAUAAUGUUGCAUUUCUGUGUUGAAUGUGUAAUAUAUAUAUGUACAUAUAUAGUAUUUAUUUUUGUACAAUGUAUUGAUUCUUAACAACAGUGUUGAAGUUUUUGCAUUUAGGUCAGAACAUGCGAGAUUCGAGACUCUGGGAUUAAUUUCCCCCUUAAAACUAAUAACAAGCUUUCAUCCAUUAAUGCCACAUGGGAAAGUAUUUUUAACAAGCCCUGUGGGUUAUCAAACAUUUGCUUACAUCUUUGCAUGAUUUGGUGGAAAAUUGCUGUUUCUAUUUGAUGUUCCAUUUCAUAUAUGCCUUUGUUUUAUAAAUAGUAUUUUCCGAGACACGUUUUUUUGCUAAUACUGGUUUUUUUUAACUUGCUUUUCUUAUCACAAAACUUUGUAAAAUUAGUUCAUGAUUUUCCUAUAGGUGUCAUUAAGGCAAGAUAAUGGAUCAUCUUCUAAAUUAGGACAUUUUAAUAGGGUGUUUGUUAAAAUAUGAAUGUGUUGUCACUGAUUCUAAUGGAACUAUUGUCAUAACAUUCAUAUAUUCUGAGACUGAAAGGACUGAACUCUGUGUUUUGUGAAUUCUUAAGUCAAAGGUGUCACGCUGAAGUCUGAGAAGGCUGCGUUGUCUGCAGUUUGUUGUGGUUUCCUUUCAAUCAGCACCCAAUUUAAGGCCUUGGGAACAAGUGGAUUUGCGGAUCCUUAAGCCAAUCGACUUAAAUGAAUCAGUGGUGCUGAAACACACUGAAAAACAGCAGGCGCCGUGGCCUUCAAGGACUGGGUUCUGCCUCCUGUGGCUUCAGACGGCCUGUCCUGGUUUAGAGUUUCCCUUUCCUGUGGCAUGUGGCUGUGGGCCGCACGUAUGUGGCCAGUUUGCUGGUGAUGUGGUCAGUGUGAAAAUGCAGAGGUUGCAAGUACAGUGUUAUUGUUCCUGUAGCUGCAUAGUUUAUUUAGGCCCGACUGCUCGUGGGCUGUGAUAGAUUAACUUCCUCUGUCAUCUAUUGUGUUUUUAAUCCCCCGUAUCAGCUACUGUGCGGGGUUAUGACUAGACCUUAACUAGAAAAAAAGGACAAGAAAUAUGACAAUAAUUCACUCCUGUUUCUGCUUCGUUUCUGUUCUGCCAACAGGGCCGGUGGAAAUCUUGAUUGUUAGCAACUCAGCUGGGUGGAGUUUGUAGAUGUGCUAAAAAUAUACCCUUAAAUAACAGCUAAGGCUACUCUCUGAAAAAUGAAUUCUUUCAAAUGAAUUAUUUUUUCUUUGUGGAAAAUGGUAAUUGGCAUUAGAUAGUGGUUGUCAGAGACAGUGUUUGAACAUUCCAGUGACAUGUCAAGUCUGAUUUAUAGAUCAGUAGAUUUAUAGAUUGUAGUUUUAAUUUAUGUUCUGUUUAAAAAAUUGCCUGUGCUAAUUUCUUUUUUGAGUGUAAAAGAGGACAGUGUCCAUAACGGUUUAAAUCAGAUCGUAACUGAGUAAUAAAAAUCUUCUCCUUCCCUGUACUGUAAAUUAAGUUAGAAGCUGUUGAGGUGUGAAUUCAUGAUCUGUAAAUAUUGUACAUGUAAUAUCCAUGUAUAUAAUUGUAUGAAAGUGUAUAUAUUCAUUUUGAAACUUCAUAUUAAAAGUGAAGGAAAGACCUUUUAACUACUGACACAGGAGAGUGCUUCUUGUUCCGAAGUACUGUCUGUUGUCUGGAGCUAAAUGAUCUUAAAACCUUACCCUAACUUUCCAAUGUUA